AUAAACUGUGGUUCACAAACAUCAACCCAACCCAUCACUUGCAGUUAAGAAGCCUGGAUUCCGUCACUAAUGUACGACAAAAACAAAAGUAGAACUUCAUUGAUUGGUCCAUAUUAUUCUUUUGCCUUUCCAUGUUUUCAUUUUAUUAGAAGAAAAAAGACCCAUUGCUUUGAUAGUUACUUGGAUGGAUAGAUAAUUAAAGCUAAAGGAGAUUUGCUUGGUGUAGAAAAAGUGUGGAAAGAUGGCAGUCCGGACGGUUCAUGCAUCUGCAGAAUUUUCCUUCCGGUUACAAGAUAGAGCAAAGAAAUUUCAGUGCAGAAAAAUGAAGCCUUGUAUUCCAAUUUUUUUUCCAGCUAUGUGUAAGGAGAGCAUUUGGGAGCGAAAGGAGCGAAAAACAAGCCAAAAUUGGACAAAUAGAGUUGUUUUCAGGAGCCACACAGGCUGGACACACGCCCAUGUGCCAUCCCGUGUCGAUUUCACAUCCUACUUCCCAAAUAUGAGGAAAAACCUAAUUUUUAAGCUUUCUAAGCAUUCUAAAGUCUAUAAAUACCCAUUAGAAGAAGACAUAAGAGGGCAAUCAGAGAAGAUCGAAGAAAACACUCGAAGAACAGCAUCGCAAUCAACUCAGAAAUGGGUCUCUAUCAAGAUCGAAGACUCUCCUUUUAAUUUCUUUCGAAGUUUUAUUGAGUUUUUUAUGUCUUGUGAUUAUUCUGACUUUGAGAUGUUUUCAUUCAGAAUUAUGAACUAAUUCCCUAGAUACCUAGGGAGGAUGAAACUUAUGAUGAAUUCUUUUAUUUAAUUUUUGUUUUUAUGCGAUAAA